ACUUUGGGAAAACGAAAUCCACCCCAACCACACUUAGCAAGUCGCCCUGGCCGGGCCUGGGCUGCCCUCCAGUCGGUCAGCUGGACUGAAUUUCCACGCGGCCAAGCCGUACGCCUCCCAGACCCUGAUCUCCAGUCUGCACAGGCCAGGUAUCUGGAGUCUGGCCUAGUGACAGGCAUCCCCCAGGUGGGAGGAGGGGCUGUCCUGGCUGUGACCUGGAUAUCAGAUCCAGAGCUGAGGGGGAGGCGCGGGGUCAGGAGGGGAGGCGUUCUGAGUUUCCCCUGGCCAAGGCUGCAGACAAGGGGCGCAGACAAUCGGCACAUUGUGAGCAGGGGCUGCAGGAUGGAACCAGUGAGCUGCUGUGCUGAGCACCCUAAACCUGGGCCUACAGGGCCAAGGCUGCAGACACUGCGAAUGACCCUCCCGAGCCCCCAUAUGCCCCGGCCCAACCAAACCAUCCUGGUGGACGUGGCCCGGAACGCAGCGACCAUCACAGUGACCCCACCUCAGAGCAACCACAGCUGGGUGGUGCUGUUCGACGGGCAGAGCGGCUGCAUCUGUUACCGCCCUGAGGAGCACCAGGCCUGCUUCCUCCGCCUGAUGGAGGACAGCGAUCGGGAGACCCUGCGGCUGCUGGUGGAUACCUCCAAGGUCCAAGAGGCUUGGGUCCCUGCCCAGGACAUCCACCACACCCAGGAGCUGCUGGCAGUGCAGGGGAGCCUCGAGGUGGACCCCGCCCAGGUGGGGGCUUUGGUGCAGCGCCUGUGCAUGAGGACCCCCAUUUACUGGGCCUGGCGAGCAGAGGGUGAGUCAGGACCGCUGUGGGGGAAGGCCAGGCCCUCGGGAUGGUUUGAGGAGCUGGGGGCGGAGCCCUUGGAGAUUCACGGCGCCCUCGCCACAGGGCCCCGGAGACAGCGGCUGAUUUAUCUCUGCAUGGACAUCUGCUUCCCGAGCAACAUCUGCGUGUCGCUCUGCUUUUAUUACCUCCCAGACUGAGCCCCCGACCUGGCCCAGCCCAGCCCCUGUCCCCAGUCCAGUGGGCUGGCCAGGCCACCUGCACCAGGGAGGACAGCCGCCGGCAGGGACUAAUAAACCCUUCCACCUGGC